UUCAUCAUCCGCUCGAGUUGGUAUUCGCUCGAAUUUGCAUGUUAGCUGCAGAGGCAGAGCGGUAAACACUGGUUAUUUUUCUGAUUCCGUUAUAUAUUUUUUUCCAUUAAAUAUGCCAGGAAAGAAGAAAAAGAAGUUUAUCGACAAGAACAAAUCAGUUAGUUUCCAUUUAGUUCAUCGCAGUCAAAAAGAUCCACUUCAAGCUGAUGAAGAAAGUUCCAAAUUUGUUCUACUUCAAACUGAAAAUCCAAAUGACAAGUCAAAGGAGGAUGUCAAACGUCAAAAGGAGGAAGAACGAAAAUUUGGAGUGUUCUAUGAUGAUGACUACAACUACCUACAACAUUUAAAAGAGAGUAAGCCUCAAGUUGAAUGGGUAGAAGUUUCAAAGCCAGGAGAAGAUGUAGAGAUUUUGCCAAAACUCCAGUUGCCAGGGUCGGUGUUCCCCUCAAGGACGGAAGAAGAUGUUGGAUUAUUGAAUAAAGCAGCUCCAGUGCAUGGUCCACUGGUAGACUGGGAUCCAGAUAUUGUAGCAGCUCUGGAUGGAGAUGCUGAUUUUGAUGAUCCAGGCAAUGAGCUUGAUGACGAUUUCAUGCUGCAAGCUAUGGCUGAGGGAGCCAAUGACAACAUGCAUGAUGAGUCAUCUGAUGACGGUGGGUCUGAGGAAGUCGAUGAUGCUUCAGAUGGGUGUUACAUGGAUGAGGAGGAUGACAGUUUCGAUGAUGACGACCAAUUCACGUUCAGAUCGGUUGAGACAAAAUCUCAUUUCACAAAUUACUCAAUGUCAUCAUCUGUGAUAAGACGAAAUGAGGGUCUCACGUUUUUGGACGAUAAAUUUGAACAGAUGUUUGAACAAUAUAAUGAUAUGGAAAUUGGUGCAUUGGAUCAUGAUGAAAUGGAGGGACACAUAGGAACAGAUAGUGCCAUUUUAAACCAAGUUUUAACAGAAUUUGAAAAAUCUCAGAAAAAGUGUACUAUAACAGAUCUUGAUGACUCAAGAGAUAAAAUCAUUGAUUGUGAAUCAGGUUCAGAUGAAGAGGAUGACCUUGAGAAAGUUGUGGUGGAACCCCCGAAAGAGAAAUGGGAUUGCGAAUCAAUAUUGAGCACCUACUCAAACUUGUACAACCAUCCAAAAAUGAUUACAGAACCAUCAAAAAAACAUAAUGAGAUCAAGCUAUCAAAGAAGAGUGGAAUGCCAUUGGACGUACUGGAUAAGAAAGGACCAACCAGGAAGCAGAUAGAGAAGGAGAUGAUAAUUGAGGAGCAGGUACCUACAACACAAUCACUGCCAGCAAGGAAAAAGGGUCAGAAAGAGUCUGUGGAGGAAAAACGACAAAGAAAAGAUGUAGUCAAGGCCGAACGAAAAGAAAGAAGACUUGCAAAGAAAGCCAAUAAAAUAGCUUUUAAAGAAGAAGAAAAACGGCAAGAAAAAAUCAUUUUAAAUCUACAACAAAACUUGAAAGGUGUUAAAAUGGUAUGAAUAUAAAACUAAUCAAUUCACACAAGAUAAAAUAUUACAUUGGAUGUGUGCAAAAUGUUGCCGAUUUCCUGAGAUAUUCCUACCAAGCGAAUACAAACCUUGCUAAAAGUUGUUACAAUUUGUGCGCAGUUAGUAAAGAAAUAUGCGAUGCCACAGAGUGAAUAUAAGCUGCACAUUGUAAGCAUGCACACAGGUCCUUCUAAAUAUCUCAGGAGUGUUACAGGCUUCUGUGAUAUAAGGUAUGUUUACAUGGACAUGGAUUUCGCUUUAUAACGCAAGGGAAAGGCGUAACAUAAAUACCCAGUACCAGUACCAUAAUAGGCAUUCACCUGGCACAGUUUAGUGAGGGAAUGUGUGACUUUCCUCUUGUGAAUCGGCGGUUGUAAGGCACAUGGUCGUGAUAUUUAUAUUCCUAUGAGGACUUUAAUCAAGAGAAGGGGUGCAACCUUUGUAAGGUGGACGUGGAUAUUGUAACAUCAUUGCUUUGUCAUUUGUUAUUGGCUGUCGUACAGAAGGUUGGUCUAGGUUGAUAGCAGUCAAAGCAGUAAACAUCCCGACCUGAUAUAUGUUGCCAGUUGGAAUAGUGUGUGCUUGGUCACUAUUAACCAACUCUACACAGGCCGAUAAAGCUUAGUUGAGAGCCUCGCAUGGAAAUAUCGGCCUUCAGUGAGAAUAAUCAUAGUAGAAGUUGUUUUCAGCUUAUCAAAUGUGUAUAAUGUAAUAACAUUUCUAUUCAAUUCAGAACAUUAUCAACCAAUUGAGGAUAGUGAAUGAAAAGUAAAAAAAUAUAUAUAUAUAUUAUAUAAUAGGCAUGGCUUUUAUUUUAAUGUCACUGUUUGUAGAUGAAAAAUAAAACAAUAUUUCAUAUGGAUUACUGUAAUUAAUUCUGGCCAGCAUUCACAUAAUGUGUCAAGCCAAGUUUAGUUUUUCCAAGGAAACAGCAGCCAUAUUUCGAGGCCUUUUGCUAACAGUUUACAAAUAAACCAAACAGAAACAAACUAAGACUCAUUAUAUUUCAACUUUUGUUUAUUUCUAUAAUAUACUGCUGCUUGUCUUUUUGACACAGGCUGACAUACUUUUACAACACAAUCAAAUAAAUGGUACAGUAGUUAUAAUAUUCACAUAAAAGCAUCCUUAUGUUAUUUAAACAUUUUUCACAGAAUAUUAACUAAAAUAAAGUGACACCAAAUUUUAAAUUUACAUCCAAGACACAAU